AUGAGGAGGACAGAAUCCCUGAAUGUCGAGCUCCCCGAGAUGGAGCGCCGCUGGCUGCUCGAGGAGGAAGAGAGGAGGAAGAGAGCUCCGCGCCGGAUCAUCUUGUUGUUCGUUAUUGUAAUCCUGGUCUCCGGUCUCAUCACCACCUUAGUUAAGAGGGCGGUUCCAAGCCGCAGCCACCAGGAGGAGCCUCCUCGCUUCAACUACACUCUCGCCCUGCACAAGUCACUGACAUUCUUCAAUGCGCAGCAAUCUGGGAAGUUGCCUAGGACGGCUGACUAUAACACCUCGUGGAGAGGUGAUUCUUGCCUUGAAGAUGGGAAUUAUACCGGGAGAAAAUACCGAGAUUUGGUCGGGGGGUAUUACGACGGCGGAGACGCAGUGAAGUCGAGCUUCUCCAUGUCGUAUUCGAUGACCCUGCUCAGCUGGAGCGUGAUCGAGUACGGCGCAAAGUAUGAAACUGCUGGAGAGCUCCGGCAUGUCAAAGAGAUAGUCAAAUGGGGCACCGACUACUUCCUCAAGACGUUCUUUAUCAAUGCAAAUACGACCACCCAAAUGGUGUUAAAGGUGCACUCUCCUAAUGACGAUUACUGCUGGAUGAGACCAGAAGACAUAGAUUACAAAAGACAUAUAUCGCUAUGUUUUGAUGAAUGCGCACAAGUUGCGGCGGAGAUGACGGCAUCUCUCGCUGCAGCCUCCAUCGUCUUCAAGGAGGAAAUGGAAUACUCGCAGAAGCUCGUUUAUGGAGCCAAGGCGCUGUACAGCUUUGCGCUUUCGGUGGCAGAUACUCAGACAUCCAAACUUGAUGAGUUGCUAUGGGGUGGGACUUGGUUGUAUUUUGCUACCGGAGAUCUAACGUAUCUCGACCACACAACGAGUCAUGUUUUUGCCGAUCGAGCUCCCUCUUCUUAUGUAUUUAGCUGGGAAAACAAGCUUCUGGGGACUCAGUUGCUACUGACCAGGCUGAGAUUGUUUCUAGACCCAGGAUAUCCGUAUGAAGAUGGUUUGAGACAAUGUCACAUUCAAACGAGCCGAGCAAUGUGCUCAUACUUGCCCGAUUUCAAGACCUUCAACCGAACCAAAGGAGGUUUGAUCCAAUUUGGAGAUCCAAAACCUCUACAGUAUGCAGCCAAUGCUGCUUUCUUAGCKACACUAUACAGUCAGUYUUUGGAAGAGGCUGGUAUCCCGGGAUGGGAGUGUGGCACGACCUUCUACCCCAAUCAAUUCCUCCGUGAUUUUUCAAAAUCGCAGAUCGAUUACAUUCUUGGGGAAAACCCGCAGAACAUGAGUUAUGUGGUGGGUUUUGGGGAGCGGUACCCAACCCACGUGCAUCACAGAGGAGCCUCGAUUCCUCCGAACCAGAAACAACAUAGUUGCACAGGAGGAUGGAAGUGGAGAGACAGUGAAGAAGGAAAUCCAAACACAAUUGAAGGAGCAAUGGUUGCUGGACCGGACAAGCAUGAUGGAUUCCAGGACGUCCGUGUGAAGAGCAACUACACUGAGCCGAGCCUAGCCGGGAAUGCGGGCCUGGUGGCUGCUCUGGUGGCGGUGUCAGGAGGAGAACCGGUAGACAAGAACACCAUGUUCUAUGCCCUGCCUCCAUUGUACCCGGUGUCACCCCCUCCACCGGCACCGUGGACGCCUUAUGGGCUGCAUUCUCUAUAG